AUGAUCACGAGACGGCUACUACGCCCCGCGCGCGCCUUCGCCGUCGCCGUCAGGUCAUCCACACCCUCUGCACCCGCACGCACAUUCUCAAUAUCCCACCCACGACCUCAGCACAAUGUCCCUACCCUCAACUACCAUGAGCACUUUGAGGCAAAAGGCGUCAACGGCCUCUUCGACUUCCAAGGCUACGAGAUCGCCUGGACCCAGUACCAGACCAUCCUCACCGAGAAACUCAACGAGCUCGUUGCCGGCGAGCCCUUCGAACACGCGCUACCCCAAGACCUCAUCAUGAGGUUCGCCCGCGAUCCCAUGAACGCCGCCGUCUUCAACUACGCCUCCGCGGCCCACAACAACCAUCACUUCUUCAAGACGCUCUCUCCCAGUCCGCUGAGACUGAGCAAUUGCCCGGCACUGGAGACAAGUCUGAUCUCAGCCUUUGGCAGCAUGGAGACGCUGCGGAUGACCUUUCUGGACACAGCAGCCGCCAUGUUCGGCCCGGGCUACGUCUGGCUCGUCUGGACCAAGAAUCCGUUGGAUAAUUCCGCCAACACAUCCAUGGCAGCCUCCGCUCGCAAUAGCGGGAGUGGUGGAGGCUGGCGAAUCCUCACAACCUACCUGGCCGGGACACCCUACGCUGGAGCCGGCUAUCAUCGCCAACAGAGCCGGGACAUGAACACGCAAUCCCCCUUCUCGCAACCCCCUUCAGCGUCUCAGAGCCUCGGCGCAUUCGGCCGGUAUUCGGACUCGGCACGUGCAAGCGCCACCACUCCCCCGGGAGGCACCAUCGUCCACCCCGUCCUGUGCGUGAGCACGUGGGAGCACACGUAUAUCUACAACUACGGGCUGAUGGGGAAGAGAGAAUACUUGGAGAAGUGGUGGGACGUGAUAGACUGGGGAGUCGUGGACCAGGAGACUCCCACCACGGCGAAGAGUCAGCUGGCGUUCUCGAGGUAG